AUGUCUCAAACCCCACCUGAGCAAAUAUCAGAAAACUUUUCUGCCGAAUGUACUCCAAAAAUUCACGCAACGCCAACGACUCUACCCCCACCGCGCAAUUAUACAUCAGAAUAUCUGUUUAAAAUUUGGCAAGAACAUCAAUACAGUCCUACUCGACAAUCCAUUAAACAAGAUCCAAAUAAAAGAGUUCAAGGCAAGCAAGUGAAGUCCAAGCAAGAAGAAACCUCGGAAGAACAAGUUGAUCAAUAA